AUGGCAGACAGUCGACAGCCAGAAGACGGUGCCCCUCAGUGGGACCCAUCAGGGGGGCAGGAACCCACUGGCACUCAUGGAGCCAAUGGUUACUCUUCUUCCACCUACAGGACCUGCCAGCCUGGUGCAGCCCACAUGACUGCGGCAUCUUAUACUACCAGGGAGAACGGGUUCAAUGGGGAGUUAACUGGUGCUCCUGCUAUAACUGCAGAGCAAGUGUCAGCUCGGAUCGUGCAGGAAGUGACAGCAGAGGCGGUGGCGGUGCUUAAGGGAGAACAGGAGACUCAAAGGCUGCCAUCAGUUGAAGACACCACCAAUUUACCUCCUUCCCCUCCUCCCUCCCCUGCUGCAGAGCACUUUGGUCCUCUGGAACAAGAUGUAGGGGAUGAGGAGGAGGCAGGUCCUCUCCGCCGCUUCCAAAAUUCACGGGAGAGGUGCAAGUUCCUCGCCCCCUCCAUCUCAGUUUCCGUGCCCGAGGACGACCCCUACCACUCCGACGAGGAGUACUAUGAGCACCCCUUGUUCAGCCCAGAGUGGACGCACUCGGGCUCUCGCCCCACAGGGCAGGCUGUGGCCUUUAGACAGAUUGAAGAAGAGACCAUCGAGGCUCUUACAGCUGAAUACGAGGAGGAGGUGGAAGAGGAGGAGGAGGAGAGUGCAGAGGCAGCAGAGUCCGAGGCAGCUCUUGAUGAGCAGCAGUGGAGCGGGGAAGAGCCCGAGCUGGACAGCCCGCAAGCUGAGCCCUUAGAGCAGGCAGAGGCCAUAGACGAGGCCCAAGACCUAGCCCUGGAGCUAUCUGACGCAGCUAGUGCUGCCACAGAACGCUCUAUGGACAGAGAGGAGGAGGAAGCAGAGGGUGAGGAGAGCCCUGAGACAGCUUUGAAGAUGGACUCAGACAAGCAGGGGAGUGAAAAAAGUGGUUCCAUGAGCCCAGACAGCAUUGGAUCAGAGAAACGCCCAGAGGAGUUUUUUGAGCCCCAGAUGCAGGGGUUCUUUGCUGGUGAUCGAGUUGUACCAGAGAGCCCCACCAUGGAUAUGCCCUCCUUUGUACCCCCGAUUGUUCAAAACCAAACCAAAGAACCUGUCAGAUCACUCACCCUUCAGCCUACCUAUGGUGAGCCAAUUACAGUAUCAGAGAAGCAGCCAUCAGUAGAGGUGGUGGAGUUCAGCAGCAUUGGUGCACCUUCUGAUUUUUCUUCAAUGGGGACAAAAGUUCCAGGAGGAGACUCAGCAAGAGAUGCAAGAGAUAGAUCUGGCAUGUCAGCAUAUUUUGAAACAUCAGCCAUGGAAGUAGAUGAAGCUCCCCAAUGUAAGGGUGAGGGUUAUUAUGAACUGAGCAGAGCUGGUGAAGACAAGCCUGUGGUUGAUUCCAAGUCUCAGGAGAUCAGCUACAGUGCACUGGCUGAACCCCAAGAUAAACCUGAAACCAAAAAGAAUACUGCCGAAGACACCAGAGUAUUCACAGUUCCCGACAAGAGUAAUGAAUGCAGGCUUUCCCCAGGGAAACUGGCCUUAGAGCAGAGGAGCUACUCACUUAACAUCACUAUUGGAGCAAUGGAUCAAAGUGGCCAAGGCAGACCGAGGAACUUCUCCCCACUGGCUACAGAUAUCAUGUCAUAUACUAGUGGAAGUCUAGAUGAGUCAGCGGACUACCUCCCAGUCACUACCCCUUCAGUGGAGAAGCCGCCAUCCUUUCCUCCUCUGAUUCUGGAGACUGCAGCUUCUGUCACUUCAGAUUCCUCAUCUCCUCCAAGGACCUCUGAACUAGUUUCAAAACCCAGCCCUGAACCAGAUUCCCCAGAAUCACCUCAGCCCUCAAAGAACGCCUAUAAAAAUGGCGCAGUGAUGGCGCAAGAUUUGCCUGAGAUGCUAGACCUUGCCGGUACCCGUUCCAGACUGGCAUCAGAAAACACUGACCCAGAAAUCAUCCGGAGAAAGUCAAUUCAAGCUGAUGUUCCUGCCUUCAGUGAUGACCCGCUGGCUAGCCUUGUUUCGGGGGAACUGAGCCCCGGAGCCAGAAAGAGUGAGAGCCAGUUGGAAGAGAUGGGCUAUUGUGUGUUCAGUGAAUAUUCAGGGCCCAUGCCAUCCCCUGCAGAUGUGUUCAGCCCUACAAAUGCUUCUGCACAGGCCUUUGCCCACUCUGUCCUGGAGGAGAAAGUGGCUGAGCAGGCUAGGAAAUUAGCUGUCAGAGACACUUCUGUGGAGGACAAGAGCCAGCCAUCAGGAGCUGCAGGCACAGAAGAAAAAGACAAGAAGCAAGUUGAGAUAAAAGAUUCUGCUGAAGAAAAAGGUACAGGCGUUGUAGAUGACCAGCUGAAAAAGUCUGUAAGCGAACAGGAAAAGCCACCUGCGCUGCCAAGUGAGGCCUUUGUGACACCAACUGUCACUGUCACUCUCGAAGAAGGUGGGAGGUCAGAUAGUGAGACACAACGACAAGGUAGUGGUGAAGGCUCAGCAUCAGAAACUGAGAUUGCUGACUAUGAGAGGCAGAUCCGCAAAUUGGAGAUGGAGGACAGGCCUCUUAGUUUGGAGGAGGAACGAGAACUGCAAGAGCUUCGGGAGAAGGUUAAGCUGGUCCACCAGGAGGCAUACGAAGAGGUAGACGCUGAAGAUGUGUACCAGCUGACUGGCAUGGCCAAGGACAGAAUUGCCAGGCCUGUAAAAACUUCACCUGCCUCCUCAGUGGAGAGCAAUAUUGAUGAUGAUAAGCUGCUCUCCCCAGUGCUCUCACCUUCCAAACUUAAACAAAGAGAAGUUUAUGGUUCCCCUAAAAGAACGCCUUCCCCAGUGUUAGGAAUAAGCAAAGAGGACAAAGAGAAAGAGGAGGAGGAAGAGGAAGGUGAGGAAGAUGUGUUAGAUAAAGAAAGCAAGAGUGCUGGGGCAGGCGUGAUAAAGGAAAUCCCAGAGACUCGUGCCGCUAUUGAAUCAGUAGUGACGGUUGAAGAUGAUUUUAUCACUGUGGUCCAGACCAUCGAUGAAGCAGAUGAACCGGGACACAGUGUUCGUUUCUCUUCUCCACCUGAGCCUGAAGGUCUUCAUAGUGUACAGAAAGAGGAAGAUGAGGAAGAUGAGGAGUCUGUGGAGUUGGCCCAGGAAGCAGACAUGGAAGCUGGUAGUCUAGAGGAGGUUUGUGAUGUUCCUGAGACCCCUGCAUCUCCUGAGAAGGAGGCUCAGACCGUUGAAACAGAAGGACAGACAGAAAGUUAUGACAGAGAUGAAACCACAAUGGACGACUCCAUCCUGGACAGCUCAUGGGUGGACACACAAGAUGAUGAUAGGAGCAUGCUCACAGAGCAAAUUGAGCCUUUGCCUAGGGGGCCAAGCCAGGUUGAAAAGCAUGAUGUGGUCCAGAACAAGGAGACACAACAGAAGAAAACAGAGAAACAGGAAAAGCCAGUCAAACCCAAGACUAAAGGAGGGCGGACUAAAGGCCGACUCUCCACACCAGAGCGCAAACCUGUCCGCAAAGAACCUGUCUACAUUCCCAGAGAGGAGGUCAAGAAGAAAAAAGCUGUGAUUAAGAAGACAGAGUUUACCAAAAAAAUUGAGGGUCAGACUCAAUCCCCAACCAGGAGGAGCGUGCUGAAACCAGCUGUCCGCCAGACCCGUCCCACCCAGCACCAUUCCUGUCCCAGAAGGAGACCCACAGAUGUGCUACCAGACGGUCGUCAGCCUCUCAGUGUUGCCAGAAAGUCACGCGACAGAGCAUCGGAUGGUGGGUCUCGGAGCCCUGACAAGAGAUCUUCUCUGCCGCGGCACGCCAUUCUGAGUCGCCGUGGAUACCAUGACCAGGAGGAGAGCUCUACCUCCAUCACCAGCUCUGGCUCAACAGCUCCUCGCAGACCCACAUCGUUUCGCACUGAGAUGAGGGCAGAGCACAGGACAGGACGAGCCCCUAGUAUGACAGUUGCAGAAUCAAUGCGCUCCCGUUCAGCUCGCAGUGGACAUUCGACCCCCCGCACCCCUGGCUCCACAGCCAUUACCCCAGGAACCCCGCCGAGCUACUCAUCAUCUUCCAGGACCCCUGGAACCCCACGCUCCCUUAGCUUGAUUUCCCAGGAGAGGAAGGUGGCUGUUGUCCGUACCCCACCCAAGUCACCUGCAACCACGCCUAAGCAGCUCCGCAUCAUCAACCAGCCGCUGCCUGACUUCAAGAACAUCAAGUCCAAGAUCGGUUCCACAGAGAAUAUCAAGUACCAGCCUAAAGGAGGACAGAAUCACAAGGACCAAAAUAUGUCAGCAGGGGCCAAACACAGGGCCUCAUGGAUCUGGAAGUCAGUGCUGCGCCUCAUCUCCGUUACUCUGAGUCUAUCAGCGACACACAGUGUGACCUGGACCCAAGACUUGCUGAUUCAUAUUUUAAACAAGAAGCUGGACUUCAGUCAGAUACAAUCAAAAUGCAGCUCCAAGGAUAAUCUGAAGCCCUCUCCCCAUGCAGGCAAUGUGCAGAUACAGAACAAGAAGAUUGAUUUGAGCCAUGUGACCUCUAAGUGUGGCUCUCUAGACAACAUCCAUCAUCGACCAGGGGGCGGUAACGUGCGUAUAGAGAGUGUGAAGUUGGACUUCAAAGACAAAGCCCAAGCCAAGGUGGGUUCCCUGGAUAAUGCUCACCACAUUCCUGGUGGAGGCCAAUUCAUGAUUGAGAGCCACAGGUUGAUGUUCCGCGACCAAGCUAAGGCACGAGUGGACCACGGAGCUGAGAUCGUCACCCAGUCACCAGGAUUGUCCGGCUCAAUGUCUCCCCAGCGCCAUCGGGACAGCCAACUAUCCUCCUCCGGCAGUCUCAACAUGAUGGAGUCGCCACAGUUAGCAACCCUAGCUGAGGAUGUCACUGCAGCUCUGGCCAAGCAGGGUUUGUGAAAACUGGAUGUCUGGAUUGCUCCUCUGUGCA